AAUCUCACACCUCAAAUUACGACCCAACAUUAGUAAUGAUUUUUUGAGUGAUAUUCUGGGUGUUGAGUGAGACCCACAUUGAGUCAUCAGCCAUAGAGCAGCAAAUAGCUUCAAAGAUCUGAACUUUACUCUCUGUGAGUGAGCUAAGCAAGUGAGGAAGAGACAAUGGUGAUGAACCAAAAGCAGAAGCGAUGGAUAGGCAAGUCUGUGAUUGCAAUCUGUUUAAUGGGUCUUGUUUAUUGUCUCUUUCUCUCUGAUUCAACAGAGUAUGAAGUACCUGGAUUGGAAACCCAAUUCCCUGAGAAGAGUCUGGAGUCAGAGCAACCCAUCACAGUUCCUGAAGAUGGAGAUCAGGAUGAGAUUCCUUUCCCCAAGAAGGACGUGGCUUCAGAGCCUCCAAUUUCUGAGGAGGAAGAUCGGGAUCGGUUUAAGCCUCCCAAUAAAGGGAAAUGUAAUCUUUUCGCUGGGGAUUGGAUUCCAAAUACUUCUGGUCCAAUUUACAAUGAGAGCUGCCCCUCAAUUGAAAGUCCCCAGAAUUGUAUGAAGAAUGGGCGGCCUGAUACAGGGUAUUUAUACUGGAAGUGGAGUCCACGAGAUUGUUCAAUACCAAAGUUUGAGCCAGAGAAAUUUCUUGAAAUGAUGAGGAACAAGCAUUGGGCAUUGAUUGGUGAUUCGAUCACUCGUAACCAUGUUCAGUCGUUGCUGUGCAUGCUCUCCACGGUUGAACAAGCCAUUCAAGUAUACCAUGAUAAGGGGUAUAGAUCCAGAAGAUGGCACUUCCCCUCUUACAAGUUUACCAUCUCAGUUAUCUGGUCCCCGUUCCUUGUAAAAGCGGCUAUCUAUGAAGACCAGAAUGGUGUUUCAACACAUGAGGUUGAGCUUCAUCUUGACAAGAUUGAUGAUGAAUGGAUAGAUCAAUUCCAAGGCUUCGAUUACAUGAUUAUUUCAACGGGGAAAUGGUUUCUGAAAGCUGCAAUCUACUAUCAGAACAAUGAAGCGUUGGGAUGCCAUGCAUGCUCUAAUGGUAAUCUGUCAGAGCUGGGAUUUGAUUUUGCUUACCGCAGAACCCUGAGACAUGUGAUGAACACUAUAGUUUCAUCUAAUCACAAGGGGACGAUCUUUUUCAGAACAUCCACACCUGAUCACUUUGAGAAUGGGGAGUGGAAUACUGGGGGAACUUGCACGAAAACAACCCCAGUCAAGGAAGGUAAAUUGGAAUUGAAGGAGGUACACAAGAUUCUGCGUGAGAUUGAACUAGAGGAGUUUGAGAAGGCAGCUGCAAAAGCUUCUAGAAAUGGGGUGAAUCUCAAACUCCUUGACAUGGUCUCACUUUCUUUGAUGAGGCCUGACGGUCAUCCUGGUCCAUACAGACAGUAUCAUCCAUUUGAACAUAGCAAAUACGCCAAGGUUCAGACUGAUUGUUUGCAUUGGUGCUUACCAGGACCUAUAGACUCCUGGAACGAUAUACUAAUGGAAAUGGUGGUAAAAGGCUAAUUAAUCAGCCAAGUUCUGUCCCUGAAUUCUUUAUUUCGCUUUUACAUCAUGGAAGCCUAUGGGUGUGGGAUCCUGGUAAUGUUUUAUGCAGAAGUUUGUGACGAGUCAUAAUUUCCCUACUCCCCUGUGUAUACUACAGUUAGUCACUCUCCUCCAGACAAACAGGUAAUCUUUCCCACAGCUGCAUCUUUACCAGUGUCAACUAGCCUUUCAUUGAGUUUUCAUCUCUAGGUACAAAGAAUAGCAUACUGCAAAAAGAAGAUUCAUGUUGUAUCAACUGUAAUCUCCAACGUGAGAGCUCACAGUUCUAGUGCCAAAGCACUUACCUGGACAGCCGCGACAACUUUUCCAAUUCUUGUACUCCCCCCCUUCUUCAGGUUUUCUUAGGCCUAUUUGAAAACCAGAAACUUGUAAUCUCUGUCAUUCUUUUAAAUGAUAUAGACUUUGAAUUGUUGUAGCUCUCAUUCAUUAAUCGGUUUCUUCGCAUUUCCCU